AUCACAGCUCCCACGUCGCAUCUCUUCCCUAAGCGUCUGUUAUUUGCCCCUCUCUCUCCCUCUCUUCUCUGUGUGGAGAGAGAGAAAGAAGAGAGAGAGUAUUUCUUUUCUUCUCUUUUCUCUUCCUCUCCACUCCACUUGUCUUCCAUCACCAAAUCCAAAUCCUCUACCACAACCAACUCUCUCUCUCUCUCUCUCUCUCUCUCUAUCUAGACAUCUGUCUCUCUUCUUUUCCAUGGAACCUCACCAAUGGCCGUUACAUUCAUCUCUCUCUCUCUCUCUCUCUCUCUCUCUCUCUUAAUGUAAUGUAACUCCUCCGAGCUUCUUUCACACGUCUCACCUUGAUUUGUUCUCUCUUCUCUCUGAGCGUUACACUCACACUCACAGACAUAAACACAGACGCAGACAAAGCCUCCUCACCCACAGUUUUCUCGUGAUUUUAGUGUCUCAUUCAUUGAACUCAGAUUCUCCAAUCUCUGUAAUUCAUUGAUAUUACUGUAGUCCUCUUCUGAUUCUGAUUGCGUUUCCUCAAACUCAAAUACAUCAAUGCUCUCUACAACCUUCAAAUCACUCUCAGACUCUCUAAUUCAAGAUCACUAUCACAAACAACUCUAAACUUAGAGAGACGCAGACAGAGAUGUUGGAUCUCAACGUUGAUUCGAGUUGCAAUGAGGUCGAGGCGACUAAGAUCACGAAGCUUCCGAGAAGUGACGAUUGUUCCGGGACUUCGAUCUCCUCCAUCGUCAACAAUAAUACUCCGGACGAAGACUCCACCUCUAAUCCUCCUUCCAGCAGUGUUUGUUCAUUCAAUUUCGAUAUCUUCAGCAGCAAGGCCAAAGAUCCCAGUAUCAUCAUCGCAAUCCAAGACGACUCUGAUGAGAAUUCGCCUCCCCAAUUCGUUACCAGGCAGUUUUUUCCCAGUGGUCAUUCGGACGAAUUCGAUUCUCGAUCGUCUUCGUUGAGGCCGCCGCAGUGCGUGAAUCUCUCUUUUUCUGACUCUGGCGGUGUGCCGGAGUUGACAAAUUUUCAACAACAGCAACACAAGCAGCCACAGCAACAGCAGGUGAAGAAGAGUCGGCGGGGGCCUAGGUCUCGAAGCUCGCAGUAUCGCGGAGUUACGUUUUAUCGAAGAACUGGACGAUGGGAAUCACAUAUUUGGGAUUGUGGGAAACAAGUUUAUUUGGGUGGAUUUGACACCGCUCAUGCUGCAGCUAGAGCAUAUGAUCGGGCAGCGAUUAAGUUUAGGGGACUUGAUGCUGAUAUCAAUUUCAGUUUAAGCAAUUACGAAGAAGAUAUGAAACAGAUGACAAACUUGACUAAAGAGGAAUUUGUGCAAAUACUUCGUCGCCGAAGCACCGGAUUCUCUCGAGGGAGCUCAAAAUAUAGAGGAGUGACCCUGCACAAAUGUGGUCGAUGGGAGGCUCGAAUGGGGCAGUUCCUUGGGAAGAAGUAUAUAUAUCUUGGGUUAUUCAACAGUGAAGUAGAAGCUGCAAGGGCUUAUGAUAAAGCAGCCAUCAAAUGUAACGGAAGGGAAGCGAUCACCAACUUUGAGGCUAGUACCUAUGAAGGAGAGAUAAGUUUUGACACCAAUAUUCCAGAUGGAAGCACUGCCCAGAAUCUUGAUCUGAAUCUCUGGAUUUCUGCACCUACAGAUGUUCCAAAGGGGAAUGACAAUGUCAGAAAUUUUCAAUCACAAUAUGCUGCUUGUGAAAUGCCUGAUGGGAAAAGGCCGAAGGUUGAGACCUCUGUUUCUAGUCCUAUUGAUGGAAGAAAUAUCCAAGGUCUGACUAUGGCAUCCAAGAACUCUUCAGUAUGGUCUGGCAAUCAUCCCAGUUUCACACCAAACUAUGAGGAAAGAGCACUAGGGAAGGUGACUGAAGCCAUUCCUUCACCGGCAUUCCCAAACUGGGCAUGGAAAAUGCAGAACCAAAGUGUGGAUAGCCCGGUGGCACUGUUCUCCGCUGCAGCAUCAUCAGGAUUCCCUCCUUCCACUCCCACCACUACUUUGUCAGCUACGCUUGCCCCACAAAAUCUGCAGAACAUCACCCCAUACUUUCCGACACAAACCACCAACAUUUCCCAUUUCUACAAUCACAAGAGCUAGAAACAACCAGUUAGGGUUCAAUAAUUUGUUUUCAGCUUGUACUUUCCUUUGCGAAAACAACAUUGGUUUACUUUUUCCGCACUCUUUGGAAGGUCAGCUGGCUUGACAAUAAGCUUCAAACAAGUAAAGAGUAGUUGAAAUUGAUAACGUUUUUGAGUGUAUAUUAUCCACAUUAAGAUGAUGUAUAUACUUCUUCAAGAACUUGUUAUAUUUGUGGUAUUUCCAUUCUCUCCUUUGAGGCUA